AUGGCAAAAAAGGCCAAAAAGGACAAGGAAGCCAAAAAGGCACGAACUGAAUUGAAAAAUCAAAAGAACCAGAAGAAACAAGAGAAAAAGUUCCACAAGAACAAGAAUAAGGCUUUGGAUGGCGAUGACGAAGACGAAAGUGACCAAGAUCUCGAUGAAAUCCUUUCUAGCUUUACCAAGAAACAGACCGAGCUGGAACACGUCGAUAUCACCGCUGUGGAAAGGCUCUCUUGUCGCACUCAUCCAUUGAUGUUUGCAAAUCCGCAGCACAAUAAACGUGAGCUGUUCAUCUUCGGUGGUGAAUUUACGGAUCCAGAAACCAAACUAACGCACUUUUAUAAUGAUCUGUACUCAUACUCAAUCAAGAAUAACUCUUGGAAAAAAUAUGUUUCUAAGAAUGCUCCUUUGCCCAGAUCCAGUGCAGCCGUUGCCGUACAUCCUUCUGGUAUAGCGUUGCUGCACGGUGGUGAAUUUUCUUCUCCAAAGCAGUCCAAAUUCUAUCACUACUCCGAUACGUGGUUAUUCGAUUGUGCUGAAAGAAAAUUCACUAAAUUGGAAUUCGGUGGUAGAGACUCUUCACCCAGUGCCAGAUCAGGCCAUAGAAUCAUUGCCUGGAAGAAUUAUUUCAUUUUGUUUGGCGGGUUUAGAGACUUGGGAAACGGUCAGACUUCUUAUCUGAAUGAUUUGUGGUGUUUUGAUAUCUCAAACUACAAAUGGACCAAACUGGAGACUAACACUAAACCUGAAGCAAGAUCUGGCCAUUGUUUCAUCCCUACAGACAAUUCCGCCAUAUUAAUGGGUGGUUAUUGUAAAAUCAUUGCCAAAAACAAUAAAAAUUUGAUGAAGGGGAAGAUUUUGAAUGAUGCAUGGAAACUGAAUUUGACACCUGAUCCAAAGAAAUGGCAAUGGGAAAAAUUGAAGAAUUUCAAAAACCAACCCUCACCAAGAGUUGGUUAUUCGUUCAAUUUAUGGAAGCAAAAUAAAUCUGUCGCCUUCGGUGGUGUCUACGAUUUACAGGAAACCGAGGAAUCUUUGGAGUCCGUCUUUUACAAUGAUCUAUAUAUGUUCCAUUUGGAACUGAACAAAUGGUCCAAGUUAAGAAUUAAACCUCAGCGUCAAACAAACAACAAAAAUGCACCCCUCACAAGUAAAAGAAAAUCUAAUAAAGAUCAAGAAAAGGAAUUGCAAGAUUUACUGAAUUCCAUUCUAGCAAAAUCUAAUCUAAAUGAUGAUGAUGAUGAUGACAAUACCACAACAGGCUCUAACUCUAUCGAUGGCGAUGAUGAGGGUGAGGAUGAUGAUAGUGAUUUAGAUAACCCAGAAAAUAUUACCAUCUCAAAUCAAUUGCCGCAUCCAAGAUUCAACGCAGCAACCUGUGUAGUGGACGAUUCGUUGUUCAUCUACAGUGGUGUAUGGGAACUUGGUGAGAAGGACUACCCAAUCAAUUCAUUUUACAGUAUAGACUUGAAUAAGUUGGAUGGUGUAAAUGUUUACUGGGAAGAUCUAUCUACCAUCGAAGAAGCUAAGAGAUUAGGUGACAGAGACUCUGACGAGGAUGACUUUGAAUACGAGGAUGAUGAUGAUGAUGAUGGCGAGGACAACGAUGAAGAAGAGCAGGAUGUUGCGUUGCUUGAGGGUGACGAGGACGAGGAAGGCGAAAACGAAGACAAUGGACAAGCGCAAAUGGAGAUCCCCGACGAAAGAUCUUGGUUACCGCACCCUAAACCGUUCGAAACUUUAAGAGCAUUUUAUUUAAGGGAAGGUGCAAACUUUUUAACCUGGUCUAUUUCCAACAACAAAGACUUGAAGGGCAAACAUUUAAAGACCAAAUCCUUCGAAAUAUGUGAAGACCGUUGGUGGGAAAGAAGAGAUCAAGUGACUCUCGAGGAAGAACGUUUAGAGGAUACAGGGGGAAUCAUUGAAAGAGAUACUACCACCAAGAUUUCCAAAAGAAGGUGA